AGCGAAUCCAGCAUCAGAGCGAGUGGACCGCCCGACCGCGCGAUUUCCGGGCCCCCCGUGCCAACGCCCUGGAGGCCACCCCCGGUGCUGAACAAUGAUGUCAGCCAGCACAAGCACCCCUGCCACCUCCAUGUUGCAGCAGCGCGCGAAUCCGAUGCCCCCUGUUCUGAAUUGGAGCCUGGAGCGGUACGUCAAUUACCGAUAUUAUUAUCCGUAUCGCUAUUAUAGCUACUAUUCAUAUCGCUACGCCCGGGAGGGCUACUGAGCUCCCCCGGGCUUCCAAGGAGAACCAUGCGUGCCAACAACGCGUGUUCCAUCCUUCACGCCGGCGCCGCUUCGAAGGCGCCGGCGCCAGCGGCACAGGCGCCCAAUGAGCACCGUCAGAUGGCCCGGGCCGUGGACCUCGCGUCGCGGGCUGCCACGGCGGCUAUCGCGCCGCUGGCCACGGCCCCUCAGGCGGCGGCACCGCGGAGCGUGACGCUGCGGGCCUCCAGGCGGCUUGUGGAGGCUGCUGCCUGGGCCGACCCUCUGCCGCGCGGUCGUGGGGCCGCGGGCCGCGCGGCGCCGGGCCGCGUCGUGGAGAGGUUGUGCGCAGCGCUUUCGCGGGCAGCGAGGGCGGAGCGACGCGAGGUGAUUGCGGGGGCGUCGCAAGGCCUGCGGCGCGAGAUCCUUCGUGUGCGUGGCGCUGGGCGCGGCGGGUGCGUCAGUGGCUGCCAGGACGCGGCCACAGGCGGUGUCGCCCGGGCAAGCCUGGCGCCGCCGCAAAAACAGGCGGGACCAGCCUCGACAAAAGGCGGCGUGCUGAAGGUCCCAACGGGCAACGUUUGGACCAUCAAGACGGCAAGCGGUCUGUACCACAAGGUGCGGAUCACGAUCGCCCGCGUCGCGGUCGCCUCGCGCCGCCUCCGCAGCAGAUGCGCGGCCCUCGACGCGCUCGAGCGGCUUCGCCUCGCCGCGGCGGGCGCAGCGGCCGCGGGGGGCGGCGCGGAGGACCUGCUGAGGGCGGUCGCUGGUGCCGACGAUGACCUUGGCUUGUCCUUCCAGGCAAUCCCACCACUGACCAAGAAGACGAGGCUGAGGAGAAAGCGGGUGCACCCGCCCGUGCACGCGGACCCCGCUUAGGGCGUGGAGGCAGAGGAG